AGUUUACAAGAGUUGGAAAGGUAUAAUAGAAAUAGAAGAUAAAAAUAUGGCGGUAAAGUCAAAAGAAGGUUAUUUGUAUUAAUGGUGCGCAAUAAAGUCGGAAAAAUUUUCGGAGUGAACACGAGUCAAAUCCAGAGUUAUUUUGGAGUGAAUAUGGAACGGAUGACUGUGCAUUCAUUUAAACCCCUUGGAGUAAAGUUUACUACUAAAGGGAGUUUAUUUUAAUAUCAAAACUCCGAAUCGAAUUGAAUGCGGAUUUAAAUAAAAUCAAGACUACUCCGAAAUUACUCCGCUGAAAAAAAAAAAAAAUUUCCUAUUUACCCCGUAUGUGAAGUGAUUUUUUAAAAAAUCCGGAGCUCGAGUGACGGAGUGAAUGCGGUUUUAAAAAAAUCUAGACCAUUCCGAAAUUACUCCGCUGAAAAAAAAAAAAUUUCCUAUUUACCCCGUAUGUGAAAUGAUUUUAAAAAAAAUCCGGAGCUUCAAGUGGCGAAGUGAAUGCGGAUUUAAAAAAAAAAUUUAGAUAACUCCGAAAUUACUCCGUUGAAAAAAAAAUUUCCUAUUUAUCCCGUAUGCGAAGUGAUUUAAAAAAAAAAAUACGGAACUCCGAGUGACGGAGUGAAUGCGGAUUCAAAUAAAAUCCAGAUCACUCUGAAAUUACUCCGCUGAAAAAAAAAAAAAAAAUUUCCUAUUUACCCCGGAUGUGAAAUAAUUGAAAAAAAAAAUCGGAACUCCGAAUACAAUCCGAAUUUUUCUCAGUGUAAAGACAAAAAAAUUUUUGAAUUUAAUAAUCAGUUAAAUAUUUUUUUAAAAAUUUAUUGAAAAUGUAAGAUUAAUGAGCGUUCUUACAAGUGUUCUAUUACGGACACUAAUAAAUAAUAACGUAUAUAAAAAAUAUAUAUAGUAUAUAUCUAGGUAAACUGAUAACAUUGAAGUAGAUUGAUGACAAAAAUGGAUCAACUCAAAUGGUUUAACUUGACCUGUUGGGACGAACAUGAAAAAAAAAAAACCGAGAUAGUUUUGGCAGUCAUCGAAGCGCAAGUAAUCCGUACGAUAAUCCAGUGGUGAGAGUAUUCGGACAAGCAAAGACUGUGUCCAACGUACUCGGUCUUUCACGAUCGAUUGAGGUUGCUUUUAAGGUAUUAAAUAAACGAUUGACAGGAUGGAGGAUAGUUUGGAUGCCAUAGAAAAUGCUAACGGCGAUGAGAAAAAGACAUACGAGGAUGCUUCCAGAAAUGUGGGUCGUCAGGAAGAAACAUCAAGUGGAUUGCAGCAACAGACAGACACGCGAUCUGAUAGAAAAAUCGAUCCUAUCCCCUCACCUGCCAUUGAUUCGAUAUUCAACAACCAAAGUUUUCAUUUCAGGGUAUUCAAAAAAUCUCUACCCAACAAUAAAUUGAUCCUUUACUUAAUUAAUCGCGAUCUCAUAGUCUACAAUGGGAAAAUAGAUAAGCUCUUGGGCGUAAUAAUGGUAGAUCCAGAAUACGUUGAAAACAAACGGGUGUACGGACAAGUCACUUUGACCUUCCGAUAUGGACGAGAGGAUGAAGAGGUAAUGGGACUAAAAUUUUGCACCGAGGCAAUAGUCUGCUUCGCCCAACUGUAUCCUCCAUAUCCGGGCUCAGAUCACCAAGAGCCAUCGACAGCUUUACAGGAAGCUCUAAUUAGAAGAUUAGGGCCUACUGCUCAUGCAUUUUCCAUGGAGAUUCCAGCAGUUGCUCCACCCUCGGUCCAUCUUUUACCCGCUAAAGAGUAUAAUGGAGCACCAAUUGGAACUUGUUACGAUGUAAAAGUUUAUGUUGCUGAAAGAACAGAUGAAAAAGUUCAUCGUAAUUCAGCAAUACGAAUGGGAAUAAGAGUUGUACAACGUACAAAUCCAGCACCUGUACCAGUGAGUAAUCUCUACUCGGUUUCAGAACCGGCAACAAUUCAAUCUGACUGCAGGCCACAAAGGACACGAAUAAUGGAGGGUGAGAAUGAGAUCGUUGAGUGCGACGAGCCACAACCUCCCCAUGCCAUAGUCGAGAAACCAUUUCUACUAAAUGCCGGUUCAAUACGCCUAGAGGUGCAUCUAGAUCGCGCUAAUUAUACUCACACCGACGCUAUACAAGUCCACGUGACUAUUAAUAAUGAUAGUCACAAAUCCGUAAAGAGGAUUCAGAUUCUACUACUUCAGCACGUGGACGUGUGUAUGUUUAAAAGUGGUAAAUUUAAAAACGUCGUCGGAGCAGAGGCAGAGCGAGAAAAUUGCCCUCUAGCACCUGGGACAAAUUUCACAAAAACGUACAGCGUUAAGCCGACAAUGAGUUCAACUAAAAAUUGGAUCGCGCUUGAAGAUAAUUAUACGAAAACCGGAAGUAGUUUGGCCUCAACAGUCGUCUGCGCUGGAUAUAAUGAUAAAGACAGAGAUCCUUUUGCGAUCAAUGUAUCUUAUUACGUAAAAGUAAAACUUCUCGUUUCAUUGAUGGGCGGAGUAGUUUCUGUCAAAUUGCCAUUUACGUUAAUGAAUCGAACUUCGGAUUCCGAGCUCUGUAGCUUUCCAUCACCGCUGAGGAACCCGUCGUCGCCGAUGGUGGCAACAUCGAAUGAAAAUAAUGUAUGCAAAGACGAAACAGGACAUUUAGCGGUGAUGGAAACGUCUGUUCAAAUGGACAGCGGGAAAGUGAGCACUGAGUUGGCAAAAAGGAAAAUUACUGACGUGGAUAUUAUAGAGAAGAAUGAGACUUCGGAAAGUACCUGAGAGCAGGACAGGGCUUACGUUGUCAUAAGCCAGCCCAGUAAUAUCAACAAUUCAAAUUCAAAUAAUAAUAAAAGUAUUACGAGUAAUACCAUCAGAAAUCUCGGUAAUACUAAUCACGGAAAUUGCACAGAGGGUUUCAGUAUUCAAAGAGCUUGUUGUUGUUUUCGACGAGCGUCCUAGUGUAUAUCAACUGUAUAAAUUUAAUUAUCUUCGAUAAGUUUAUUGAUACAAAACAGUCAAUUUAAUUGUUAAGAUUUUUUUUUCUAAAUAUUUUCACUAAAAAAAUUUACGGGAUAUUUGGAAAUUAAAAUUUAAAAUUUUUUUAAAUUUGAAUUUUCCCGCCAUUUCUUUUUUAUUUUAAUAGUUUGACAAUUUAUUCAUGUAAAUUUUGAAAAACUGAAUAGAAAAGUGAAAUGACACUGAAGUUAACCGACGUCUUAUAAUUUUUGGAUUUUUAUUCAAAAUAAUAAAUUAAAAAAAAAAUAUUUGAAAAAUUGCACCUAUAGUUUUUUUAAUUUUCUACCUGUGCUCAUUAAAAUUUUUUUUUUUUUUUUAAUAAUUAAUUUGUUAAAAAAAAAAUCCGAAAAUUGUCUAUUAACCUCAGGAUCAUAAAGUGAAAAUAUUUAAAAAAAAAUAUUGUGAAGAAUAAAAAUGUAAUUUUUAGAAUAAGAUUUAUUUUUUUUGUAUCAACAGAAGCCAAAGUAUAUCAAAAAAAUUAUAUAUAUAUAUAUUUAUUUGGUAAGCUUUAUGUUAUUAUUUUUUGUAACGGAUAUAUCUUUUUACUGCCAUCGACAGCCAAUCUCAUAAAAAAAAUUAAUCUCUCUAUUUUUCUUACUCUUUACAAUUAUUUUAAUUAAUUACUUAAUUAAAUUUAUAAGAAAAAUAAUAUUCUAGUAUUUUGAAUUUGUACAAAAAAUGUAAUUUACUAAAAAAUAUCUUUCCGAUCUGUAUCUAAUGAACUGUAGUUAAAGUUUAAUAAACAAAUAAUUUUAUGUACAAAAAAUAAAU